AUGGUCAACGGAGAAAUGUCCCGCUCCCGCUCUAGCAUAACCAGCUCCAGCCACGAUCGACUCGAACCGCGGCUCGUGAAAGCCGCCGCAAGCGAUGCGCUCGAAGACCUGCGCGAUGUCGUCGCGACCGCGCGCGAAAACGGCCAGUUGACUGAUGGGUUCCUGCGCGUGGGGCUUAUGCGCGCCUGCGAAAGGGGCAGGUUUAAUGCGGCGCAGUAUUUGCUUUCGUUGGGGGCUGUGCCGGAUUUGUUUUCUGCGCCUGGGACUACGAAUGCGAAUGCGAGUGCGAAUGCGAAUACAAAUGCGCAAGGUAGUGGAGGUGGGAAUAAUACCGGUGGCGGUGGUGGAAGGGUGACGGCGUCGCCGCUGCUCAAGGCUGUGGAGAAGAAUCAUGUGCGGAUUGCGCAGGUUCUGCUUGACUACGGGGCUUCGACGGAGAUUGGAGAUAGGAAGGGGAGAACGGCGAUUAUGACGGCCGCGUGGAAGAAUCAUUUCCAUAUCUUGCAGGUCCUGAUUGCGCGCGGGGCGGAUGUGAAUGCACGCGAUCUGAGGCAGCGGAAUGUCUUGCAUAACCUUGCAGCGGAUAAGAUGUGUGAUUGGGGGGAGGAUGUGAUUCGGUUGUUAUUGGAAACUGUGUGUGAGGUUGAUGCGCGCGAUGAGCUGGGGAGAUCGCCGUUGCAUUGGGCGUGCGCGACGGGGAAGGAGAGGUUGGCGGAGAUGUUGCUUGCGCGGCCGAUGAUUAUCAAUGCGCGGAGUACGGGUGGGAUUCCGAUCGCUGGGGCGGACGUCAAUGCAGUUGAGGGGAGGAAUAAGACGGCGUUGCAUUUGGCUGUAGCGCAUGGAAAUGAGAGCAUUAUCUCGUUGCUUCUGCGGCAUGGCGCUGAUGUGAAUGCGCGGAGUGAUGGCGGGUGGACACCGUUGCAUAAUGCGUGUGACCGCGGGAGUGAGAGCAUCGUCAGAAAGCUGCUAGGUGCUGGCGCGAAGAUCAACUCGCAACUGCUGAAUGGGGCGUCACCAUUGCAUGCGGCGGCGCAGGGUGGGCACAGUGAAGUUGUAGAGUGUCUGCUCGAGCGUACGGAUCUGAAGCAGCGGUUGAGGGACAACUUCGGGAGCACGCCUUUCCUCGGCGCUGCGCACUCCAAGCACAAGAAUAUUGUUGCGCUUCUGGCACCGUACAACAACGUGACGGCGCUGAGCGAAGAUGCGCGCGGUGCCUGCGAGGGCUUUGAAGCGACGGUUGUGGAUUUUGGAAACUUCCACAAUGGGAACCGGGUUAAGCGCACUUCGGUGUUUAACCUACUAUACGGACGCGACGCCGAGAACCACAGAAAACAAGCGUGGAAUGCACUACCAUCCCACAGCAAGGCCACUGAUUUCCGCUGGAUACACCUUCCCGCGAACAAUAUGGCAUGGGUUGAAGCCCUGCUAACCAAGGCGUUUAUCGAGGAAGGCGCGCAUGAUGUGGAUAGUUUCAAGGUUUUGGAGAGGUCGUUCAACUACCAGCAUCGCGGCCAGAAAAUGCAUUCAAACUUUAUGCGCCCACUGUGUCAGAGCACACAUAGGGCACCGAGGACCCGGGAUGAAGUACGUACUGACAGUGCGGAGGAGACAGAGGUGGAAAUCCGGUCACCGCAGAUAGUAAUAAAUGGCUUCUCAAAAUAUCCGCCACUGCCGCCGCUGCCGUUGCCAUCACCGAAGGUAGAUGGCGGAGGUAAAAGCAAGAAGCAAAAGUCAGGAGGAAAGAUGGAGCGGCUGGAUUCGUAUUCUCAGGAUGACAACCCGAGCAGUUCGCAAGGCAAGAAAGGCAAGAAAGGAGGAACGCAGACGCCCAAAGGUGGGACACCCAAGCCUCCAUAUAUGGGACGAGACAAGUCUCCGAAUCCUAAGAGUUUCUGCAAAGACAAACCGGCACUGUUGGAAAGCAACAUCUGUUACUUUAUGCCAUACCUGCAUUUCGAGACGGCUGAACGAAGAGAGAAGAUGCAAGAGGCGAUCCAGGAAACGCAGAAGGUCAAGACGCCCCAGCAGGGUAUUGAGAGAAAACCCACGCGCGACGAGUUGCUUCUGCGUGCCCAUCUCACAUCGUCGACGACGUCACUCCAUAUUCGACGCACGCUGGACCAGUUCUUCUAUCCCAACAUCGACACGCAGUCGCGUGACCUGGAUCAAGUCGUGUACCGUUACCAAACAAUGGGAUCUCGCACCCCAGAGCCAAAGGUGUUCAUGGUUGACCAGCUCUGGAUGUGGAUUCUGGGACCGAGUUUGGUUGUGACAAGCUUCCCCCAACGAUGGGACCAACCGAAGAACGAUCCGUUGAACGUGCUGGACGGGAUUAUCGAAGAUAUCAAUUCCAAGACCCGCGAGCGCGUGCAGUCCAUUUACGAUCUGGCCCUUAGCAUCACCAACCGCUGCUCAGGGGUGUUUGAUAGACACCGAAUGGGCGAUGACGAAUACCAGUUUCUCGAUAUGUUCGAAUCAUCUAUCGGCAUCGCGACAGACCGCGAGAGUUUGCUCUUCCAACAGUUCAACCGGGCCUCGGCGCAGGCAUCGGAUUGGCUCAAAAACCACCGGAAGCUCAGUCGAUUUGCGCGGCGGAAAGAAAAAGACGUGGCCAAGAAUUUAAACAAAGAGGAGAAAAAGAAGAAAAAGAACGAUGAUGAGCUUGAUGACGAGCCGCUGUUUGUCGAUAACUUGCUAGACAUCGGCCAGGAAACAGAUCUCCUUGCCGAGGCGAAGGAUAUACGUGACGAGCUCAACAUGAUCCGGAUGGUACUUCAGCACCAGCAACACGUUCUUGUUGACUUCCAGGAAGUGGUGUGCGAGAUGUACCUCAGCCGCGGGGACCCGCAGCGGGAGAUCAAGAAGCGGUUCGGAGAGCAGCAGCGGACAAUUGAUAUGCACUUAAAGGAUAUCGACCGCAUGGACAAGCAGGCUGAACGCAUCUACUCGUCCAUCACCGACCUUCUUGACCUAAAGCAGAAGCACGCCAAUGCCUUCGAGGCCCGAUUCGCUCGCGAUCAGGCGGCUGGGACGACGCGGCAGGGCAAGAUUCUCAUGGUUUUCACGAUCGUGACCAUUGUGUUCCUCCCACUCUCAUUUAUCACGUCAGUGUUUACCAUCAACAUGCCUGAGUUUGAGAAUAAUUUAACCCUCGCAUAUGUGGCCAAAUACACCUUUGGAGUCGGCUUUGGGAUCUCAAUUCCACUGGUGCUGCUGGCUUUGGUGCUCGACGACAUUGGAGAUGUUUUCCAGGAAGGACUGCGGCGGGCUCGAGGAUGGAUUAGAGAAAGUCGGCAUAGAAAAGAUCAAUUGGUGCUGGAGAGGAUGAAAACGCAGCGCUCCAACCGAGAGAGGACGUUGCUCCCGACGAGAGAGAUCGAGAGGAAGUUCGAUCUGGACUUGGAGCUGGACCAGAAAACUGUAUAA